GAAGGGCUUGUUGUUGUUGUUGAUUUUAUUGCUCCUGCUCCUCCUGCUCCUCCUUUGAGCUCCGGCGGAGCUUGUCUUGCUCUGGAUUGUCGCCCUCAUGCCCGCCUUCUCUCCUCGUAAGCUUCUUAGGGAGAAGACUUGGUUUCGUAAGAAAGAGAGCGCCUGCUGCUUCUGAUAAUGCAACAGUGUACCAGAGAUUGUUAGGACUGAAAUCACCCUUCUCUGCAGUUCUGCUCUAUGUCAAAUUAGUGAGAAUUUUGGUUCCUUUCGUAUGGUGAAGCUCCUUUCGUGGCGAUUGUGCUACAGAUAGUCUUGCCUUGAUACUGUAAUCUACAUAUAACCACCCUGGACGGUUCGAUUGUAAGCUCGUAAUGUUUACACAAUUCGAGUUCAUGAACACUGAUGAAUUGGCUGCUUGUGCCUCUUAUUGAAACCUAUUAAUCAUAAUUGGUUUUUCAACGAAUCUUUUAGCUUAGUUUUUAGUUUUUAGUUUAGUGUUUUUUUUGCCAACACCAAUUGCUUAUCUGCAUUGAUCAGAAAAAUUGUUUGAAAGCAGUGUGGAUAUCCCUUUCAUCAUCUGUGAUUGGUGUACUGACUAUCAUCUUUCAACGUGAUGUCAUGUCUCUCAACUUGAGUUGGAAGGUAAUUGCAUGAUGGAUUGGACUGUUAGGAGCUGAUCAGUCCCCAGCACCAUGCAAUCGCUCUACAUCUCUCGCCUGGAAAGGGCGGGUGUUCCUGUUCCUGUAACUAAAGGAAAAUGCUUAACUAGUUCUUCAUGGCUAGGUAAUGUGAAACCUCGUAGUAGAAACCCUGUUCCAAAAUUCUGCAGGGUUUCCUAUCUAUCCAGCCUUCCCAGAGAGACGGAAACAUUAUGGGCUCCAGGGCUGAGAGAUGGUCGAAGUCGCUUGACCUCCAGGCAUGGGUUUCAUGUUCGCAUGGGACUCGAAAAGGGUUUCACAAGGGUAGUGCAAAACCCACAGGAAGUUGCGGAUCUCGGGCAAUUCCGUAACGAAAGUGGGAUUUUCUCUGGUUUGGGAGUCUCAGAAGUACCUGUUACCAUUUGCCAGACUCGGACACUAGACCCAGUACUUUCUCUAAACGAUGCGCUGCCUGUUCUCGAGGCGGCUUUGAACGGUUUAGAGAAUCUUUCAUGUUCUAAAAGCGGGGUGAUUCGCAUUCAGGUACCUUUACCUCCUGGCAUCAAAGCGUUGGAAUGGCUCCAAGGUCAACUCAAAUGUUUACCUCGAACAUAUUUCUCUUCCCGCGCUCCAAGAGGGGACAGGAAUGAAAGCUCAAAGAAUUCGAGUACUUGUGGGAAUCAUGAUAAAGGUAUUGACGACUGCGAUUUUCGUGCCGUUGCUGGGGUUGGUGCAGCAGUCCUCUUUCAGGACAACUCACCAUUCUGUAAGAAUCAAUGGACAUCCAUUCAAAGGUUUUUGGGAAAGGCAGCCCCCGAGAUUAAAGUGUAUGGGGCCAUGCGAUUCAAUCCCCAGGAGGAGCCGGCAGAAGAAUGGAAACCGUUUGGGUCGUUUUAUUUUCUGAUUCCUCAGGUUGAGUUUUGUGAGUGUGAAGGCUGUUCAAUGCUUGCAGUAUCAGUAGCUUGGGACACUGCAUUGCAUCGAUCCUUUGAAGCAGCUGUCAAGAUGGCGUCUGAGACAUUAAACCAGGUGUCUUGUCAUGUAGGAAGCCAAAAUAGGCAACAAAUAUUAUCGGUUGAAAGUAAAGAGCAUGCCCCCUCUGAAAGUUUAUGGCAUCAGGCAGUGUGUAACACGUUGCAAAGAAUCAGAGAAGGUGAAAAGUCCGAGGGCUUCUCCGAAGAGGAGCCAUCAGACCAAGACGAUUCUAUCGUCGGUCUUUCCAAGGUUGUAAUGGCCAGGAGAACCAAACUCCAGUUAAGCGACGACGUUGACCCUCUCACAAUACUUGCAUUACUGCAGGCAAAGGACCCAAGUGCUUACCAAUUUUCUAUCCAGCUCUCAGAAGGCAGCUCCUUUAUUGGUAGCACCCCGGAACGAUUGUUUGCUCGUAGGGGUCUGCUUGUGGCGAGUGAAGCAGUGGCAGCAACACGAUCUAGAGGAUACACCAGCUCCAUUGACCUCGACACUGGCCUUGACCUGAUUUUGAGCUCAAAGGACCACGAGGAGUUUGAAAUUGUGCGUGAGAGCAUUAGACAGAACCUGGAGAAAGUUUGCAAGGAAGUCGAGGUUGAGUCUCAUAAAAGCAUAAUCAAGCAAGCUAGAGUUCAACAUCUCUAUGGUCGUUUUCUUGGAACAUUGCACAGCGAGGUUGACGAAUUCGACUUAAUUAGAGUUCUGCAUCCAACGCCAGCUGUAUGUGGUCACCCGCAGGCUCCUGCUAGGGAGGCCAUCACUGCUAGCGAAUCUUUUGACAGAGGGAUGUAUGCUGGACCGGUGGGAUGGUUUGGGGGUAUGGGUUCGGAAUUUGCUGUUGGAAUACGAUCUUCACUCAUAGAAUCCAAGUCAAAUCAUACCAAUAAUGGUGCGAAUAUAGUUCACAAGGGAGCAAAUAUCUUCUUGUAUGCUGGGGUCGGAGUUGUAAAGGAUUCUGAUCCUUCUUCAGAGUGGCAAGAGCUGGAAUUGAAAGUUAGUCAGUUCGAAUCGCUCCUACAACCAAGUCGCGCGUUGAAAGACGUUGUCAAUAUAAACGCUCUUUGGGCAAAGCUAAUUGUUGAAGAAUGCUGCCGUCUGGGCAUCACGUAUUUUUGCAUAGCACCAGGUUCAAGGUCAUCUCCUCUUGCUGCAGCGGCUGCAGCAAACUCACUAGUCACGUGUACUUCAUGCAUUGACGAGAGGUCCCUAGCAUUUCAUGCAGUUGGAUAUGGUCGAGGUGCCAAUAAACCUGCUGCUGUAAUCACAUCAUCUGGAACUGCUGUCUCCAACCUUUUGCCUGCUGUAGUGGAGGCCAGCCAAGACCAUAUUCCUCUGCUCUUACUAACUGCAGAUCGUCCACAUGAGCUGCGUGACACAUCUGCUAACCAAACCAUCGACCAGGUCAAUCAUUUUGGAGGUUUUGUACGAUAUUUUUUUGACUUACCUCCAGCUGACGAUAAAAUUCCUGCCCGGAUGGUUCUCACUACUCUAGACUCUGCGGUCUUUCGAGCUAAAACUGUUCCUUCUGGGCCUGUUCACAUCAACUGCCCGUUUCGGGAGCCUCUUGCUGGUUUGACGGACCCAUGGAGUACUGCUUGCUUAAAGGGAUUGGACAGAUGGAUCCUCAGUUCUUCUCCUUUCACGACUUACAUGAAUAGCGUUAACCAAACUGGGACUAGAGAUAUUUUGGAAAUAGUUCAUGAAAUGAAGGGUGCUAAGAGAGGAUUACUAGUAGUUGGGGGCCUCCACACUGCUGAGGAGACUUGGGCUGUCGCUAUGCUUGCUUCCCACUUGGGUUGGCCAGUAUUUCCUGACGUAUUAUCAGGUCUUCGAAUUGGUCAUGUCUUUCAUUCCGGAAAGGCUAACAAAUUGUCUUUGAAUAUAAUUCAGCAUAUUGAUCAAAUACUUCUGAAAAAAUCGGUUGCAGAUGUAAUCGAGCCUGACGUAAUACUUCAGAUUGGUGGCAGAUUAACAAGCAAACGUGUUGGAACCUUUUUAGGGGCCUCCACUCCAAGGGCAUACAUAUUGGUAGAGGAACACCCGAUCCGGGCUGAUCCUUCCCACGUUGUAACCCAUCGUGUUCAAUCGAACACAAGUGCGUUAGUUGAUUCUCUUCUAAAAUUAUUACCGAAGGCCUCCCAAGUGCAUGGUUUUUUGCACACAUUACAAACACUCUCAGAAGCGAUAGGACGCGAUAUUGAGUUUAAGCUGAGCAUUGGAACAUCAAUCACUGAGCCAUACGUUGCUCGUGCUGUGGCCGCAGCAACACCUCCUGGUUCAACGUUAUUUCUUGGGAAUAGUAUGCCAAUUCGGGACGUGGAGAUGUAUGCUACUAGCCAUAUGAACUAUAAUUAUUCUUCGCCAUUUGUGGGGCUAGUAAAAUUAACAGCUUCAAAUCGGGGUGCGAGUGGAAUCGAUGGAGUUUUGAGCACUGCUAUUGGCUUUGGAGCUGGCAGUAACCGUCGGGUAACCCUGCUGGUGGGUGACGUCUCUUUCCUACAUGAUACCAACGGUCUCACAUUGCUGAAAGAGAGAGUAGGACAGGCACCUGUGACAGUUGUGGUAGUCAACAAUGAGGGAGGUGGUAUUUUUAGCUUGCUUCCAAUUGCGAAGACUGUCCCAUCAGCGACUUUUGCAACUAUCUGGUCCACUGAGCAUAACGUCAGCAUUCUUAAUCUUUGCCGAGCGCACAGGGUGAACCAUAUAUUAGUGCGGACAAAACGAGAGCUUGAGGAUGCGCUUAGAUGGGUUGAAGAAAGCCCUUUAAACUGGGUUGUGGAAGUGGAAAGCAACAUCGAACGCAACGCAGAGUUCCACCGUCUUUUGCAGAACUCCGUAAUGCAGGCUGCAAAUCGGGCCUUCCAAGUAACUUCCUUGUUUCCAAGUAAAUGUAGAGAAGACAUUGGAACCGAACUUAACAUCUCUGGCGUUGAGCUCUUUCGAUACAAGAUCCCAUUAUCCGCACCACCAUCCACCAGUGCUAGACGAGGUGAUUCAGAAAGUAUUUGGAGACACGGGUUCUUACUGUGUAUCACCCUCCACAAUGGUGUAUCAGGUGUUGGAGAGGUUGCACCUCUGGAAGGGCUUCACAAAGAGAGCUUAGAAGACGUGGAAGAGCAGCUUCAACUUCUCUUGCCAAUACUGAAGGGUUGUACUCUACCACCAACUUUAGCGCUUCUCGAUGGCAGCUUUAAAUCUUGGUUACUCGAUGCCGUUGGUAUACAUGGUAAUACACUAUUUCCCAGUGUGCGCUGUGGCUUGGAAAUGGCUGUACUUGAGGCUUUAGCAGUUUCUGUUGAUUGCUCUCUUUGGGAGCUGCUCGUCGGUCGAAGACAGAAUACAGGGCAUUGUGAUCGCUCCAAAGGAAGCAUCGAAGUGAAGGGCAUUGUUGCAACGACGAAAGUCUGUGGAUUAAUUGAUUCCACGGACUCACCUAAUGAGGUCGCAGAUGAGGCUGGCACUCUUGUUGGACAAGGAUUUUGUACCCUGAAACUAAAGGUUGGUCGACGUGCUACUCCACAACAGGAUGCAGCAGUCAUUCAGGCAGUUAGAGAGCGUGUAGGAGCUGAUGUGAAGAUCAGAGCAGACGCAAAUCGAAAGUGGUCUUACCAACAGGCCAUUGAGUUUGCAAAUCUUGUUAAGGAGUGCGACAUGGAAUAUUUAGAGGAACCUGUUGAGAUAAAAGAUAUACCGCGAUUUUGCAAGGAGAGUGGGAUACCUGUUGCUUUAGAUGAAAGCGUUGACGAGGAUACUUCGACCUCGUAUGAAAUGCUUGAAAGAAUUGCAUCAGAUGGCGUAGUCGCAGUUGUAAUUAAACCGGGUCGCGUGGGAGGGUUUGAACGAGCUGUAUCUAUUGCGGAGUGGGCACACAGCCGAGGCAUGGUAGCUGUUAUCAGCUCAGCAUUCGAAACCAGUAUUGGCCUAACUGCUUAUGCCCAUCUAGCUGGCUAUGUUGAUGAAAGGUGGGUAGAGACGCGCAAAUCGAAUCAGCAGAAAACCUCACAGGAUGGUGCUAUUGCCCAUGGGCUGGGUACAUACACGUGGCUUGGUGGAGACAUCAUUGAGAACGGGAAGUUCGAGGUCUUACGGGAGAACGGAACGCUUUUGGUGCCAUUGUUGAAAUUAUCUAACUGUAGACAUGUUGGCAACUUCAAUCGAAAAUUUGUUACUUCAACAAGAGUAGGUGAUAUCGGAAGCAGUAUAGUGAAGAUUACAACAGGCGAUAAAAUAUUUGAGUUUCACGUUUGGGAUACGCAGACUCAGAUUGUGACUGCGAAAGAAUCCUCCCCAAUCCUACUCUUCUUGCACGGCUUCCUUGGAACAGGACAAGACUGGCUUCCUAUCAUGAAAGCACUGUCUUCAUCAUUCCGGUGCAUUGCUGUUGACCUUCCUUGUCAUGGCCAAAGCGAAGUGAAAAAUCGAUUCGGGACUCCUGGAGAUAAUAAUAUGUCGAUGGACCUGGUUUCGGAUGCGCUGUCAAAACUAAUGGACAAGCUCAAGAUCACUCAUGCUGUCUCUAUUGGGUAUUCUAUGGGUGCUCGAAUUGCCCUUCAUCUUUCUUUGUAUCAUAGUAAUAAGGUUUCGGGUGUGGUUUCAAUUUCAGGUAGUCCGGGUUUGGAGGACGAGAAACUUAGGAAGACGAGAGCAUCUAAAGAUGCAUUGCUGGCUCAAACCAUGAAAGAAUUGACUCUUGAAACUUUUCUUGACUUGUGGUAUGAGCAGCCGCUUUGGGAGAGCUUACGGCAGCACCCGAGCUUUAGCAAGAUAAAAAGGGGAAGGAUGAACCACAAAGAUAAGGAUUCUUUGGCAGCUGUUCUGGAAUCUCUUAGUGUUGGUUUGCAACCGUCUCUUUGGGAGAAACUUUGCGAGUCCUCCUCUCCGACGUUGCUAGUUACUGGCAGUUUGGACACAAAAUUUGUGAACAUAGCCCGCAAGAUGUGCGAAAGGGCAGGUCAGCAGCCACCAAAGAGACGACGAUCCCAAAACACAUCACGAGGACAGCGAGCACAGCGAAAAGAUGAUUGGGAAUCUCAAGAAUAUAGGCUUCCGUUCGAUUUUGUUCAAGAGUUUCCGGAAGUGAACAUGGUUCUUCCGAGCCUGGACAGCUUACCAGAAGAUGAAGAGUUUGCAGCGUUUUUCGCCAAAGAGAUGAGAAAAUUACAGCUUGAAGAUACACUGGCUUUAGAGGCUGAUGAUUGGCCUACACUUGCGUGGGAAGGGAACGACCUGACUGAGAGACACGAUGUCUAUCAAGUAGCCGAAGUAGAAGAUUGUGGCCAUGCAGUGCACGUUGAGAAUCCGUUUGAACUCGUACGCCUGCUUCGCGCGUUUUUAGGCCAGUUGCAAUUCUCUUCUCCUUCGUAGAACAGAGAACGUUAUCAUCUUAAAUCAUGGUUGACAUACCUUUUCCGUUUACAAGAGGGUACACAUGCUUCCUCUCCAAGCACCUCAUUUGAUGAUCAAGAUCACUUUUAUUGAUGGUGAGAAAUGGGACUCGCGUUGUAUUUUAUGCAACAUCCUAGCAACCCGGCUGCAUUACUGGUGGAGAUCAAGACACAUACCAACAACAUUCAAUUUAAAAUGAUUUCCCGAAUUGUCUGCCACUUC